UAUAACAUCUUAAGCCUCACUUAUGGACCCCCUUAUUAUUAUUAUCAUUAUAUACAGUUACAUGUAUCUGGCAACCCUUACGUCAUAUUUAUGCGACACAUACGCUUGAGGAUCGGUGUCUUCGCGUUAGUUCCUAGUUUGUUUUUCUUUCGAAAAUGUCAGCUUUAAAGAAGGGCAAGAAAAUAGUUAAUCAGGACGAACUGCGACGCUUGAUGAGAGAAAAACAAAGACAAACGACAGACAAAAAGCGCAUCGAGUCUCCGUUUGCUAAAUACAACAGUGUGGGGCAACUGAGCUGUGUGUUGUGCAGUGUGCAGCUCAAAUCCGAGCUACUGUGGCCGGCUCAUGUUCUGGGGAAACAGCACAAAGAGAAGGUGGCAGAGCUAAAGGGAGCGAAGACUCAACCAGCGGAAACACAAAACCAAACACUUAAAAGGAAAACAUCAAACGUCGAGGACGCGGACGGGAAACGGGCGAAGUCAGCUACUGUAUCCGGUCAGUCUGCGUCAGGGUUGCCAGGAGAUUUCUUUGAGAAGUCAAAGGAUAAAGCAGAGGUUUCUGCUCCAAAAUCUGCAAGCUUGAAUCUACUUGCAGGAGUUUACGAUGAUGACGACAAUGAUAAUGAAAAAGACCAGUCAGAUCACACAGGAACCACAAACCCACAACCUGAAAAAGCAGAGGCUGCAGGUCUGCCAGUGGAUUUCUUUGACAGCUCAAUCCCUUCAACACCUGCCAUUCCUUCUCACUCAGGAUCUGUCCUCAAAGCAAACACACCAGAGAAGAGCACUGAAAAGAAAGAGAACACAGCAGAAGCACUUCCAGAGGGGUUCUUUGAUGACCCAGUGACAGAUGCCAAGGUGCGCAAUGUUGAUGCUCCAAAAGAUCAAAUGGACAAGGAGUGGGAAGAGUUUCAGAAAGAGAUCAGACAGGUGAACACCAAAUCUGAAGCCAUCGUGGCUGAGGACGACGAGGAGGGACGCAUUGAACGCCAGAUCGAUGAAAUAGAUGAACAGAUUGAAUGUUACAAGAGGGUGGAGCUGCUGAGAGACAAGCGGGAUGUCAUUAAAAACAAGUCUUUGUCCACGAAGGAGGAACAAAUGGAGACUGUUAACAGUGAGGAGGAAGAAGAGGAGGAUGAAGAGGAGCUGUUGGCUCUUUUGUCACGUGACUGGCGAGCUAAAGGGGCAUUGGUGUAGAUUCCUCAGAGAUGCUAAGAUGUUGUAUGAUCUUUCAUGUUAUUUUUUUUUACUACUCAGAUUCUAUAAAUAUGUUUGUUAAAGACCUUCAGUUUGUCAUAUCUGUAAAUUUCAGAACUUUAAAAAUUACAAUGUCAUGUGCACCAUUCUAGUAAAACAUUAAACAACAUUACAAGGUCUGACGUGUUUGAAGGUACAGUAAAACUUUAAAACAUGUUGACGUUAAGUGACAUGUUCUGGUAAAAUUUCCCUCACCCCAUUCACAUCUAUGGCCAGGCAAAAGUACAAAUCAUUUUCAUUUAAUUUCUAUAGAAAAAAUAAAUAAAAAAAAGCUGAGUCAGGUGACAACUUUUUGUAAGUGUGUUUAUUAACUUGUGUCAGCAUGGACCUGAAAAUUACAUCUUCAAAGGCUACUUACAGUUUAAGUUUGACUUAUUGUUCUGCAAAAAAAGACGUUUAAAUUAUUUGUUCAUGUUACAUUAUAAGCAACAUGCAUAUCACAACAUCAUUUUAAAAAUGUAAAAUGUCAAGAUUAUAGGCCUUUGCACACCAGACGGUUUUUGAAUCAUUUAGAUAAAUUCCCUUGUUUGUGCACAUUGAGCCCAUGCAAGUAGAUAUUGUCUACAUAAUGCACUUCAAUCAAGCAAAUUAUUAGAAUUGAUUGUUUUAGGGAUCAUGUGGUUAAUUUCAACUUUCUUGAAUAUGGCAGCCUGUGUGUUACCUUUUAGUAUUUUUUCCAAAUAAUACAGAAAUUUACUACUGAAAAGUGUAGGGCAGACUCAGCUCACAGGAUAUAGGUGACUAUUGUAUUAAAGUUUUAGACACUCGCAUUUACAAAAAGAGAACACAUUAGAAUACGUUUUUAAAAUUAUGUGCCAUUCAUUUACAUUGCUGUUGCAGUAAAAAGCUGCCACCAAUACUGUUGGUAUGCAAAGGCCCCAAGACCAAAAAGCAAAAAUUGUCAAAGCAGUUUCAUUUAACAGACGACUGUCAGAGAAAAGAUUUAUACAUUUUUACAGAGUACAGCAAUAGUUACUAUAACAAACAUGUUACAUAAAUAAUGAACCAUUACAAGGUCCGUACAACUGGAAUAAGACGAAUCAAGUAAAGAGUAAUGGUCAGUGCUUCUUAAACUACCUGUUUAUCAUUGUGAGUUAGCUGUGUGUUCCAUCUACUGCAUUUCUCAAUACCACAACAUCUACAUAAUUAUCUUAUUGCUACAUGAGUCUCAUGAAUUUCCAUUAAUUUCUCUACUGAGAUUCAAAGUGUCCUUAGCCCUUCAAACCUUGUACAAGUAAAAACUUCAACAAAAACAAAACAAAAUAAAUCCUAGAUUUAUUACGCUACACAAAAACCCAAUCACAGCUUACGGAAUAAAAACAA